AUGGUCGACACCUACAACGGCGUCACCGUCCUCUGGGAACACGUCGUCACACAAAGGCAAGCUCAAACUUUCUCGUGGCGUCCUUUACCAGAAGAAAAACGAGGCUUCACUCUCCGAAUCAAGAAACGCGACAAAACCCUGAUUCUUGAUUCGUACUUGGAUUACAUAAUGGAAAAGGCAAAUGACAUACGUAGAAAGAACCAGGACCGUCUUUUGUACACAAACUCGAAAGGUGGAUCCUUGGACUCGAGGGGACACCCAUGGGAGCCUGUCUCGUUUAAGCAUCCAAGCACAUUCGAAACCUUAGCCAUGGACCCGGUAAAGAACCAGGAGAUCAUGGAGGAUCUUAUGGGCUUCGCCAACGGUCAAGGAUUCUACCAAAAGACUGGGCGGGCCUGGAAAAGAGGGUACCUGCUUUAUGGACCGCCGGGGACAGGGAAAUCAAGCAUGAUCGCAGCCAUGGCAAACUAUCUGGGUUACGAUAUUUACGACUUGGAGCUGACCGAGGUGCAUACCAACUCGGACCUGAGGAAGCUGCUGAUGAAGACGAGCUCUAAGUCCAUAAUUGUCAUCGAAGACAUCGAUUGCUCUCUAAAUUUGACGAACAGGAAGAAGGCUAAUAGUACUAGUUCACAAGCGAGAAGCGCUUACUAUGAUAUGGGUGAAAUGCGAGGUGGGGGUGGCUCAGGUGAAGAUGGUGGUAACAAUACGAUGACGAUGUCGGGAUUGUUGAAUUUCACGGACGGAUUAUGGUCGUGCUGUGGGAGCGAGAGGAUUUUCGUGUUCACCACAAACCACAUCGAGAAGCUUCGGCAUUGUUGA